GAUCAGACCAUUUUUCUCUUUUAAAGAAGCUAUAAAAGGAAUGAUAUUUUAAAGAAUAUUAAGCAGUCUAACUUUGCAUUCAUAACUUGAUUAAUAAUAAUCCUUCAAUAAUCUCAACUAAUCAUGAAUAAAUUAAUUUUGUGGAAUUUCCUAAUUGUCGUCAUAGCUCUCAAUAAUAUGGCAGAAGCAUCUCUACCAGAACAUCCUGUUUGUGGUGUACAUACUGGAGAUAGUACAUCAGCAACAACCGAAUUCCCAUGGACUGCUCAUAUUGUUUAUACUAAGCCUGGAAAUAAGAAAGGUAUUCAUUGUCGCGGUACUUUAAUUAAUGAACGUUAUGUGCUUACUGGUGGACAUUGUGUUAGAAAACUUCCAAAAACAUUCGUAUUAUCUCACGUUAAGCUCGGAGGAAUCAAUUCUGCUAAUGACAUUGCCGUUGCUGAGAUAAUUCCUAAUGAAAAUUAUGAUGCUGCAUCGAACAAUAAUUUAAAUGACAUUGCUUUAUUAAAAUUAGAGAAAGACGUUCAAUUUAAUGAUAAGGUUCAACCAAUUUGCUUGCCAGUUGAUGCUGCAGACAGAAAAGUUGAUCUUACAUCUAAAGUUUUGAAAAUAUCUGAAUAUGAACAUAGCAAGACAGCAAACAAUGUUGAAGUUUAUGAAGUACCAAAAAAUGACUGUAAAGUUUAUUAUGACACGCAAAAAAUUAGUAUUCUCGACUCACAGAUUUGCGCCGGUGCUGAAUUAGCUAGAAACAGCUGCAAAGGAAGUGGUGGUGGAGCAUUGAUGAAAUAUGGAACUUCUGCCAAAUCAAACACUCAGCAUUUCACGCUUGUUGGCGUUUCCUCUUUUGGACCAAGAAUGUGUGGAACUAUAGCUGAACCUGAUGUUUAUACUCGAGUGUCUGACUUUAUGGAUUGGAUCGUUAGUAAAGUGAACUGAAAUUGGAUGGAAAGAUGAUAAAAUUUUUUUUUGCGUUACAAAAUAAAUGAAUGACACUAAAGAGAACUAAAUGGUUAAAGAAGUUAUAAUAAUUUUUGAAAAUAAAUUGAUCAAGUUUCAAGUUGUUAUUAUAAAGUUUAAAUAAAAUGUAAAGUUUCCAAUGAA